UUUACAAACGCAAGUAGAGUGACUGCAUGUGCUUCUCUUGCCAUUUCUCUUCCUGUCCUUCAGAUGAUCUUCUGCCUGGAGCAGGAAACUUGUGCUGACCCCAUGUGAAUGCUAUGAGCGCUUUCUAAAUGUCAGUUUAUUUAAACAUCGUCAGGCGUUAACAAAACACAUUAUGGCAAGAAGAGUAAUAUACCCACUCUAUCAGCUCGGGAACCCCCAGUUGAGGAUUUUCCGAACCAACUUCUUCAUGACCCUGGUAAAACCGGGCAAGGAACAGCCGCCUGACACUGUGCAGUUUCGGAUACCCAUGGAGAUGACCAAGUGUGAUGUUAAGAACUACCUUGAGAAGAUAUACAGUGUUCCAGUGGGAGCAGUCAGAACUAGAAUCCAGUACUGUACGAACAAGAAAAGAAAUCACCUAAGCCAGAGGGUGAAGCGGCCUGAUUACAAAGUAGCAUACGUACAACUGGCUCAACAACAGACGUUCCAGUUCCCAGAAAUAUUCCCACAGAAAGACACAGCUUAUGAGCCAGGCUCCGUGGAGGAAAUGCAGGACCAGUUUAUGCAAGACGAACAGCAGAGACAGAAGGCUGACCCCAGACGAGGAGGGGUGACGGAGUGGUUUGGGCUUUGAAAGGGAGAAAAUGAAAUAUACCCAUUUCAAGAAAAAGCACCAAUAAGUGGAGCCAGGUGGAAUAGCGGAUUGCGUUCCAAAUUAUCCUGGAAACUUAGUGCACUUGAUAUGUUAGUCUGAUGAAUUGGAGUCUGACAUCUGAAAACAAAUUGUCCUAAAAACUCAAAAAUAAGUUAUCUUGAGGACCAGGUCAAUUUCCAUGAGGCUUUUGUGUGUGAACAUUUUUUGUAGCAUUUUAAAAAUAAAAUGUAAAUUGUCUA